UUGGAUGAGGGAUCUCCUGAAUUAACAGAGCUCGGGAUAAAGAUGUAGUGUGCCGCGAGCAGCGAACAAGGACGCCGCUGUGUGCUGCAGCAGCAGAGGGAGUGAGAGUGAGAGAGAGGGAAAGAGUGGGAGAGGAGGAAGGGGACUGGAGGAGAGGGAGAGAGGAGACGGAGAGGAGGAGAGGAGAGAGGAGGAGAGGGGUGGUGCGGAGGAGAGGAGACGGACGAAGGGGAGACGGACGAAGGGGACGGCUGGCUGGCUGGCAGGCUGGAGUGGGACUACGUGAGCGAGAGAGAGAGCCAGUCAUCAACUCAGGGGGGAUAGCGGAGACGGAGAAGCGGGGAGCCACGGUGGCAGUCAGCGGCUUUGGAAGGUACCGACCCGUUAUCAUCAUCCCCUCAUCAUCACCCCCAGCCAACGGCGCCCCAUGUAUCACCCUCCAUGUGGCAGAGAAAGCUGAUGCCCUCUCGUUGCGGCACUGCCGUACGAAUCUUCACCACCACCUUGUUUGCCGCGGUGGUCCUGUUCGCCAUCCUGCUGGCGUACGUGACGGGCUACCAGUUCAUCCACACGGAGCAGCACCACCUGUCGUUCGGCCUGUACGGCGCCAUCCUCUUCCUGCACCUGCUGCUGCAGAGCCUCUUCGCCUUCCUGGAGCACCGCCGCAUGCGCAGCCCCGCCCGCCCGCAUCACCUGCGCCGCUCCGUCGCCCUCUGCAUCGCCGCCUAUCAGGAGGACCCUGACUACCUGCGUAAGUGCCUGAGGAGCAUCCGUCGCAUCUCCUUCCCCGGCCUCAGGGUGAUACUGGUGGUAGACGGCAACAGGCCCGAGGAUGCCUACAUGAUGGAGAUCUUUCAAGAGGUGAUGGGGAGUGCCGAGCAGGCCGGCAGCAUGGUGUGGAAGGGCAACUACCACAGCGAUGGAGGAGGCGGAGGAGGAGUAGGUGAAGGAGGUGCAAGGGUGAAUAUGGAGGAGGCGGCGCGGGUGGCGCGGAUCGUGCGGAGCUGCCGCUACUCUUGCAUCAUGCAGGAGUGGGGCGGGAAGAGGGAGGUCAUGUACACGGCCUUCAAGGCGCUGGGGGAGACCGUGGACUAUGUACAGGUAUGUGACUCGGACACGGUCCUGGACCCGGCAUGCACCAUAGAGAUGCUGAAGAUCCUGGAAGAGGAUCCUCAGGUCGGAGCAGUUGGAGGAGACGUUCAGAUCCUGAACAAGUACGACUCGUGGAUCUCCUUCCUGAGCAGCGUGCGCUACUGGAUGGCGUUCAACGUGGAGCGGGCGUGCCAGUCCUACUUCGGCUGCGUGCAGUGCAUCAGCGGGCCUCUGGGCAUGUACCGCAACUCUCUGCUGCAGCAGUUCCUGGAGCCCUGGUACCACCAGACCUUCCUGGGCAGCAAGUGCAGCUUCGGCGAUGACCGGCACCUGACCAACCGCGUGCUGAGCUUCGGCUACAAGACCAAGUACACAGCGCGAUCGCAGUGCCAGACGGAGACGCCCACGCGCUACCUGCGCUGGCUCAACCAGCAGACGCGCUGGAGCAAGUCCUACUUCCGCGAGUGGCUGUACAACGCGCUGUGGUUCCACAAGCACAGCCUGUGGAUGACCUACGAGUCGGUGGUGACGGGCUUCUUCCCCUUCUUCCUGGUCGCCACGGUGAUCCACCUGUUCUACCGCGGAAGGCUCUGGAACAUCCUGCUGUUCCUGCUGACGGUGCAGCUGGUGGGCAUGGUGAAGGCCACGUACGCCUGCUUCCUGCGCGGCAGCCUGGUGAUGAUCUUCAUGUCGCUCUACUCCCUGCUCUACAUGUCAAGCCUUCUGCCCGCAAAGAUCUUCGCCCUGUUCACCAUCAACAAGGCCGGAUGGGGCACGUCGGGACGCCGCAAGAUCGUCGUCAACUUCAUCGGCGCCAUCCCCGUGACGGUGUGGGCGUGCGUGCUGCUCGGCGGCGUGGCCUACACCAUCUACUGCGAGACGCAGGAGCCGUUCAACGAGACGGAGAAGGCGCUGCUCAUCGCCGGCACCAUCCUGUACGCCUGCUACUGGGUCAUACUGCUGGUGCUGUACCUGGCCAUCGUGGCCAAGAGGUGCAACAAGAGGGAGGAGCAGUAUCACCUGCCCUACGCCGAGGCCUAGCUGGAGUACAGUAGUGGACAGGACUGUACUGGGGGAGAAAUAGGGCCCGGGCAAUUUUGGCCAAAUUUUGGCUCAUAAU